AUGCCGGCGGAGGAGUGGCGCGCUCAGACGCGGAAGAAGCUCAUCAAGUUGGCAGAGGUGACGAACAUACCUGUGGUUACCUCCAGCGGUGGCAAAGGAACCAUACCGGACAGUCAUCCUCUGUCUUACGGCUCCUGUUUCAGCCCUCGCGGCGAGAUGCAGGAGAUGAACCAGCUUUACGAAGUGAUGCAGUCAGCCGAUGUAGUGAUAGGAAUCGGGGCGCGCUUUUCGCUGGGCAAUCCUGCCGGCGAGUCGUCCACGCUGGUAAAUAUCAACAUCGACGACGGCGAGCUCACAAGAAUUCAGCGGGGAGCGGGAGAACGCCCUUCACCCGCCGAGGCCGUCGCCGCCGCGCGCAGUCUGAUUGCCUACUACGACAUCAGGCUCAGGGAGCCUCAGUAUCCAGUUAUGGAGGCGAUGCAGAAAGGCAUCCCGGAAGACGCCUUCAUAGUCUGGGAUGUUACGCAGUUCGGCUACUACGCUCGCACUCACUAUCGGGUGAACCAACCUAAGACGUACAUUGAUUCCGGCUACUCGUUCAACCUAGGCUAUGGAUUUCCGACUGCUCUAGGAGUAAAAGUCGCAAAGCCCGACCGUCCUGUGCUGUGCGUGACCGGAGACGGCGGGUUCAUGUUCAACGCAUCCGAACUAUCCACGGCUGUCAAGUACGGCAUAAACCUCGUCACCGUAGUUUUCAGGAACGACUCAUACGGCAACGUCGCGCGCGACCUCGACGAGUUUUUCAUGGAACUUACGGGACCGACCUACACAACCCGGACUUCGUCAAGUUCGCCGAAUCGUUCGGCGCAGUUGGAAUGA